CCUUCCCUCACCCUUCCUUCCCCUCUUCUCUCUUCUCUCUCUCUCUCUCUCUCUCUCUCUAAGAAUCAGCUUCGUCUCGUCAAAGCUCUCGCGGUUUUUUGAGUGCAGAGCGCCUCCAAGCAAUCGAAGCCCUACCGCCGACGUACGUACGGAAGACCUAACCUGGGAGCAAUUUUUGGUUGGUGAAUUAAGCAACUGCCCUAUAUUAUCCAAGCGGUUGAUUCGCCCGAGCAGAAAUUAGUUAUUCCAGAUUACGACUCGACCAAUGAAGGCCAACUUGGUGAAGAUCCUUCAGGCAAUGGGGCUCCAGAGAGUGCUCCUCCCCGAGCACAAGAUGCGUUCCCUCUCCAGAUCGAAAAACGUCGAUAACAGCAUCGACAGCGAUUCUGCCUCAAUGAAGACAGCGCUGUCCGUCGUCUUGGAUGUUGACUCGAGUAAUGAACCAGAGCCCUCGGAAGCAGCCUACCUAUCAUGGUUGAAGGAGCACCCUUCAGCAUUACGCUCGUUCGAACGGAUGAUGAAAGCAGCCAGGGGGAAGAGGAUUGUCGUGUUUUUAGAUUACGACGGGACCCUCUCCCCCAUUGUAAAUGACCCCGACCGUGCCUUAAUGUCCGAUGAGAUGCGAGCAGCUGUACGAGGAGUCGCAAAGUACUUCCCCACGGCUAUUAUCAGUGGGCGGAGUAGAGAAAAGGUAAAAGAAUUUGUACAGUUACCGAACGUUUAUUAUGCGGGGAGCCAUGGAAUGGACAUAAUGGCUCCGCCGAACCCUGUGAAGAAUUCUGAUGGGAAAAGCCCUCCCGUUUCUCUUGAUAAAAAGGGAAAUGAAGUUCUCUUCCAACCAGCCAAGAAGUUCUUGCCUGCAAUUCGACAGAUUUAUGCGGAAUUGGAGGAAAAGACUAGAAGAAUACCAGGUGCAAGGUUAGAGGACAACAGAUUUUGCAUUUCCGUACAUUUUCGACAGGUCAAGGAAGAGGAUGUUAAUAUAUUACGAGAAAUGGUUAGAUCUGUAAUAGCGAAGUACCCGGAUUUCCAUUUAACCGGGGGAAAGAAGGUUAUAGAAAUUAGGCCAUCUAUAGAGUGGAACAAAGGCAACGCCUUGGAGUAUUUGCUAGAGACACUCGGGUUCAAGGACUCGAGCGACGUCCUCCCUCUGUAUAUAGGAGAUGAUCGAACCGAUGAGGAUGCUUUCAAGGCCAUAGAGAGGAGAGGGCAAGGUUACCCAAUCAUCGUAUCAACGGUCCCGAAGGAUACUAAGGCUCUGUACUCGCUCAGCGAUCCAUCAGAAGUGCUGACCUUUUUAUCGCGUCUGGCUAGAUGGAGAAGGGCCUCUUCUUGCAGCAGCAGGUCUUCGGCCCAGAUAUGGGGUCUAGGGGAUUGACCGACCGACCGACCGACCGACAAGGGAAAAACAGGGAAAUGAAUCCUUUUUUUUUCUUUUUCUUCUUUUUUGGAGUAAGGAAUGAUUUUCUCAUAAGUUGGGUUGUGGGGAUUGAGAAAUUUUACUAUCUGAGCUUUCCUUACUGUGAAUAUGAAACUCCUCUACUCGUUUUAUUAACUAUGUGAAUUAUCAUCAAAACCAUAAAGUUUGUUCCUGUCUCGAGACAAGAAGACAUGAUUAUUCUA